CUCCCGUGUUUCCUGACCCACACACAUCAUGGGUUGGUAACAAACAUAAGGACAACCUAGGGCUUGAUUUGCUCUUUUGACAGCCUAGCCUUGAUUUUUCCCUUCCUGCUGGUACAUGGUACCAGUUGGAAGUGUAUAGUUUUUUUUUUCUGUCACUUUAAGCAACAGGUGCCUUUUGGCUCCCUUGUAGGGGGCCCUGGCACAAAUCCAAGUUUUAUUGGGACUCCAACAGGAAAGGCACAGAGAGACAUUGUGGUGCUUUCGAUCGGAAAACUAUUCUGGACUGGGGAAUUGACUCUUGAGAUUGUGUUCAGCCUGUUAGUGCAUGAGAGAGAUGGAAGCACGGUCCUCCACCACCACGACUACCAUAGUCGAGACUAAGAAUGACGUGAGUGCAAAUCCCAUACGUUCAUCCAAGCGCACCAUGACCGAUGACCUGUACAGCACGUUCAGCUCACCCAUGGCCUGGAUCCUCGUGCUGGCUCUCAUCAUAACAUGGUCAGCUGUGGCCGUCAUCAUGUUUGACCUGCUCGACUCCAAGGGUCUCGAAGCCCAUACAUUAUACUGUGACGACCCCUGUUUACCACCUGGACCUCAGCCACACCGUGUCAGGAAAACAUUAAAGGAAGCAGGCAGCCUUAGAGGGGGUAUUCACCACAUCAGCCCUGAUCCCAUGAAGGCGGUGAAUGAAGCAAUGGAUGACUCUACCGAUUGGAUAACGUCAAUCUUGACUUUUAUGACUAAUUUGGUAGCACCAGAAGAAGAGGAGGAUGAAGGUGACCGUCAUUUUGUGAAGAAAAAAGGAGAAUUCUUGCCACCGAGAAAAAAAGUUGCAGAGAUACGGGCCAAGGAGAUCUUAGCAGAGGAAGGGGAGUACGAUGAGGAAGAGGAGGAGGAGGAGGAAGAUGAGAUGGUUGCUGAUGAAGAAGAGGAGGAGGAGGAAGAAGAGGAGGAAGAAGAAGAAGAUGAGGUGGAGAUUGAGGAGGAGGAAGAAGAAUCUGCUGAAGAAGAGGAAGAUGAAGACGAGGAAGCAGCAGAGGAGGCUGUGGAGGAGGAGGAGGAAGAAGAGGAGGAAGAAGAAGAUGAGGUGGAGGUUGAGGAGGAAGAAGAAUCUGCUGAAGAAGAGGAAGAGGAAGAUGAAGACGGGGAAGCAGUAGAGGAGGCUGUGGAGGAGGAGGAGGAGGAAGAUGAAGAGGAGGAAGCAGCAGCAGGGGAGGCUGUGGAAGAGGAGGAGGGAAAAGAAGAGGAGGCUGAUGAAAAGGAGAAAGAGGAAGCUGCUGAGGAGAAGGAAGAGGAAGAUGAAGAGGAGGAAGCAGCAGCAGAGGAAGCUGUGAAGGAGGAGGAAGGAAAAAAAGAGGAGGUUGAGGAAAAGAAGAAAGAGGAAGCUGAUGCUGAGGAGGAGGAAAAACAUGAAGACGAGGCUACUGCUCCUGAAAAGGAAGCUGCUUCAAUCCCUUCCAAACCUGAUGAGGAGAAAGAAGCUGCAGAACUUGUCACUCCAAAAGAAGCUGAGGCAGCUGAUGAUGAUGAUGAUGAUGAUGAUGAGGAGGAGGAGGAGGAGGAGGACAAAACUGAUGCAGAUGAAAAGGCUCCUACUACACCACUAGAUGAUCAGGAUGAUGAAUCAAUCAAAGCAGAAGAGGAGGAUGAAGAUACCAAAGACACCAAAGAUGAUAUAAUAUCUGAUGCAGAAACCCUCCCACCUUUGUCCACAGAAGAGCAUGAUGAUGAUGUUGAAGUUGUAGCUGAUGAUUCCUCCUCUAAAGAUGUCAAAGAAGCAGAAGAACCAGCCCUUACAUCGGCUCCUACUACAGACGAUGACCAAAAAGAUGACCAAAGUGAGGAGAAAGAUGAUGACGAUGACGUUCAAGAGGCUGAUAUCGCCAUUGUGCUUGGUAUUAUAGCAGAUGCUGGUGCUACAGUCACUGAUGUUGAAGCUCAAGAACUUGCUUCUGAAGCCAAAGAGGAUGUGGACAUGCAAGAAACGGUUCAAGGCAUAACAACCCUGGAAGAAGAGGAAAAAGAUGAAAAGGAAGAAAGCGCAGAGGAAGUGAAAAUUGUAGAAAAAGCACCAGAACCAGAACCGGUCCCUAAAGCCGAGGAAGUGAAGGAAAAAGAAGCAGAGAAACCUGUGGCAGAGACUGAAAAAGAAGACAAACAAAAAGAGCCCUCUACCUGUCCUUGUAUGCAUUCAGAAAUACAUAAAGAGUCUCAAAAAGCCCAAGACACUAAACCAAAGGAAGAAAAAGCUGAACCUGAAAAAGUGAAGAAAAGAGCUAAAAGAGUCAGCCUUGAGCACAGAAAAGAUGAGACCAAGAGAAAGGAGCCCUUGCUUAAACAGAGAAAAGAAAAAGAGGCUCCAAGAACAAGACUAGAGAAAGCAAAGAAAGCUCCAAAAGCAAAGGCAGUGGCUGCCAACAUACUCAAAAAGAGAAGAUCUAGAGCCUCAAGAGACGUGGAAGUGUCAGCUGCUCCAGCUCCGAUAGAGGAGCUUCCUAUGUGCCGACCAACACCUGUGUACUGCCCAGCGCCUCCUGGCUGGUAUGUGCAUCAUAUCGUCACAAGUAGCCCAUUACCACCAUCGGCUAUUCCAGAAUCAGAAGUUCCUAUUUUAACGACUCAUCAAGCUCCUACUGUAAUGAAAGAACCGGAAGCUACUAAGCCAAAGCCAAAAAAAGCCACUCAAAAGAAAGAACCAGCUGCACCAAAAGAAAAACCCAAAGCAACUCCUGCGAAGAAGGAGUCCAUAGUUACUAAAGACAAAGUAAAACCUUCAGUGGCAAAGAAAGAGCGAGCAGCUGUGAAAGAGAAGCCAAAGACAGAGCGAGUGAUCACUAAAGAAAAGGCAAAACCUACCUCUACUAAGAAAGAGCCAGCAGUAACAAAGAAGGCAAAAGUAACAACAACCAAAUACAAAGAAGAGAAAGCUGUAAAGCAAGUGAAGCCCACUGCAGAGGUAAAGAAGAAGGCCACAUCAACACCAAAAGCCAAAAAAGCCAUUAAAGAAGAAGUUGUGGGAACACCUGUUCCAGCUGAGAAGAAAACAUCUGAAGAAACCCAAGAGAAACCAGCUGAAGCACCAGCACCAGCAAAAGAGCUGAAGGUGGGGGAAAAUGUCACAGAGGGCAAAAAGCCAGGAAAGAUCCCGUACUUCCAGUGUGUUUUAAUGAGCACAAAAUCCAGCCAAUAUCCACUGCGGCCCAUGUCCCCUGCUAUGAGUCCAGCUAUUAACCCCACCAUGAUGAGAGCUAUGAUGGAGCAGAGGGCCGCAUUACUGCAGCAGAAAGCCCGCGCAGCUGGCCAGUAACAGGAUGACAGACCCCAUCUGGCCCUGACAGGUGUAAACUGCUUAUAAACUGCUGUAAAAACACAGUGCUGCUGGGCUCUCAAGAGCUAUCCACCUAAACUAUCACAGAGACUUAAAAAAAAUAACGAAUGGAGGUCCCUGGUUUUUCAAUGCACGCUCUCCAUUCCUCCAUAAGUGGCUUUUGAAUCUGAUCACAGUUUCACAGUUUUGACAAAAAUGAAUAUGCAAUUACUUCAAAGAAAUAUAAAUAAAUUAUAAUGUACAUUUUAAAAAAUAUAUUUAACGAAUAAGCGGCUGUUAAUGAAAUGUUACUGUGUAGAUUCAAUUUUUUAUUUAUUUAUUUGAGAUCUUAAAACAUCUGUUUACAUUUGUUGCAGGGAAGAUUCUGCUGGGGGUUUUUUUUGUUUUUUUUUCAUAUUGUACAUAAGACUACUCAGCAGCUAAGCAAAUUUAGACAUGGUUAAAUAAUUUAAGUGUUGCUCUAAAUAUUCAGAUAUUUAUUUUUCUAUGUCAAAGUAUAUGAUCUCAUUACGGAAAGUAAUACUGCAGUACACAUUCACUAAGGGCCUUAUCUUUUGGCCCAGGCCAUUUCCUUUGGCUCAUUGGUAAUAAGAUUAUGCAUAGUGUGUCUGGGUUCUACCAGGGUCUGGGAUCUCUCUGCAUUUGUAUGCAUGGCCAUUAGAAACAGGAGGACGCCAUUUGGACUGAAUCCGAUUUCUAUCUUAACCAAUGAAAAAAGCUUACAUCCUUAUAGAAUUGAAAGAGACAUUAAGAAAUUAAGGCACACAAAAGCCUCUAAAUAAUGAAAGGCUUUCAUUUUACUUGACUUAGACUUUUCUUGGGUAUCUCUUUAUUUAAUUGAAACCCCUUAUUGGGGGUUAUUGGAUUUAUGGUAGUGAAUUCAAUAUGUAAAAUAGAACUUUUCAUGUACAGGUAAAACCUAAAGCAACUGUGCUAUACUUGUGUGCAUAAAGUAUACCGAAAAUACAGUGUUUUACAGUAUUUGCCCACUGUGCAAUAGUUUUCUCUAAUUUUCAUACAUAGAUCAGUGGUCUUCAAGUUUUUUCAAACUGAAAGACCCCUUUGUUGAUACAAAAUGAGCUGCAUUUUAAGCUUGCUCUAAAACAUCAUGACAUUUUAAUGUAUUUACAUUCUUUGUUUUGUUGCUACAUGGAAGAGCCAUUAAGUAAUGAUUAUUAUUAAUAAUAUAAUAUUAUUGGUAACACUUUAUAAUAAGGUUUCAUUUGUUAACAUUAGUUAACAAGAACUAACAAUGAACAAUAUUAAUGUUAAUCUCAACAAUUACUAAUACAUUUUUAAGAACAAAAGUUGUAUCUGUUAACAUUAUUUAAUUCAAUGUGAACUAAAAUGAACAUGAACAUUUUUAUUAACUAACAUUAACAAUACAUACAGGUUAAUACAUGCUGGAAGAAUAUAUUGCUUAUUGUUAGUUCAUGUUAGUUAAUGUAUUAUGUUAAAAAAAUAAGACCUUAUUUAAUUCAGUAACUUUACAAAAGUUACUGAAUUAUUUAUAAUCAUGACUGAUGUACAGAUUCUUGUACAUUGUUUUAAAUUUAAUUCAUAUUUUUAAUGUAGGUUGGACAAUUAAAUACUGUAUUUAACUUGGUUUUGCUUACCAGCAAAAAUUACUUUCUUAACUCAGUGUUUUUUGUUGUUUUUGUCCCAGUACAAAUCUCAUAACAUUCUUAAAUCAAGAUGCAUUUACUUGAGAAGCAUAAUGACUUCAUAUUAAGUCUUGUUUUUUGAAAAAAAAAAAAAAAUGCCCAAAUUAAGUAAGUUCAUGCUUAAAACAAGUAAAAAAAUAUCUGCCAAUGUGGUCAGAAAAAGAAUCUUGUUUAUACUUUGAGUUUCAUUUUUCUCACCCCAUUGGCAUAUAUUUUCUUCUGGUUUUAAUCAUAAACUCACAUUAUGAUCAACUGUUCAGAAAACAAGACUUAAUAUCUUAUUAUAUUGUUUCUCAAGUAAAUAUAUCUUGAGUUAAGAAUGUUUAGAUUUUUGUGCUGGAAAAUAAGACAAAAAUACAGAGUAAGAAAAUAUUUUUUUUUAUAAAGUAUUUUGCCUGUUGAAGACCCCUGCCCUAGAUAGUCAUCAAAAAGUGUGUUGAUUUACUGUAAAAUACAGUAGUAGAGUAAGGCAGAUAUAUGUAUAUAUUAUUUGACGUUACUUUGACCAACAGUGAUUUUCAAGAAGUUGAAUGUUGAUCUGAUGGAUAUCUGUCCAUUAUCAGAGGCAUCUUGUUCCUGUAACAUUUUGCUCCGAGCACGACUCAAACCGGCAUGGGAGGCGGGGGCGCUAACAAGACCGCUAAAGACCGCAGCCUCAAGCAUGCCUCCUGAAGCUGGGGGAGUGAGGUUUACUUGCACAGCUCUUUCUAGCCUGCCUUCGUUAAACUCACCUCCAUAAACCUCACCAGCAUAACCCCUCCGGUUCUACUCGCACCACUUCGAGCAGGCUUCGAACUGGCUUCUCUGGCAUGGGAGGAGGGCGCACUAACAAGGAUGCUAAAAACUGUAGCCUCUAACAUCCUUCUUGAGGCCGGGGGAGUGAGGUUUACUCUCGCAGCUCUUACUAGACUGCUUCCGUUACACUUACUCCCAUCCGGGUCAUGGCACCAACGUAACCCCUCUGGUUCUACUCGCACCGCUCCGAGCAAGAUUCGAACCGGCUUCUCCGGCAGGGGAGGUGGAUGCACUAACAAGGAUGCUAAAAAACAUAGCCUCUAGCAUGCCUCUUGAGGCCGGGGAAGUGAGGUUACUCUCACAGCUCUUACAAGCCUGCUUCCGUUACACUUACUCCCAUCCGGGUCAUGGCACCAACGUAACCCCUCUGGUUCUACUCGCACCGCUCCAAGCCGGAUUCGAACCGGCUUCUCCGGCAGGGGAAGUGGACGCACUAACAAGGAUGCUAAAAACCGUAGCCUCUAGCAUGCCUCUUGAGGCUGGGUGAGUGAGGUUUAUUCUCACAGCUCUUACAAGCAUGCUUCCAUUAUACUUACUCCCAUCCGGGUCACGGCACUAACGUAACCCCUCAGGUUCUACUCGCACCGCUCCAAGCGGGAUUCGAACCGGCUUCUCCGGCAGGGGAGGUGGACGCACUAACAAGGAUGCUAAAAACCGUAGCCUCUAGCAUGCCUCUUGAGGCUGGGUGAGUGAGGUUUAUUCUCACAGCUCUUACAAGCAUGCUUCCAUUAUACUUACUCCCAUCCGGGUCACGGCACCAACGUAACCCCUCAGGUUCUACUCGCACCGCUCCAAGCGGGAUUCAAACCGGCUUCUCCGGCAGGGGAGGUGGACGCACUAACAAGGAUGCUAAAAACCGUAGCCUCUAGCAUGCCUCUUGAGGCCGGGUGAGUGAGGUUUAUUCUCACAGCUCUUACAAGCAUGCUUCCGUUACACUUACUCCCAUCCGGGUCACGGCACCAACGUAACCCAAUAUAACUCCUGGUGGGAUUCGAACCGGCGUCUGUGGCAUGUGAGGCUGGCACUCUAACAAGGACACUAAAGACCAUAGCCCCCAGCAUCAAUCGCCAGUGCGCGUCUUGAUCCCAGGGGAGUGAGGUUUACUUGCACAGCUCUUAUUAGCUGUCCUCCGUUACGUGUGAUCUUUAUUUUCAGUAACUUAAGGAUCGGCACGACCUAAAAUACUAUAUGUCCUUGAAUGUCUUCUCAUAAUCAACAGCAGUGAAAAAAAUCAAAAUGACAAGAACAAGAGUGAACAGCCAGCUGAAUUUUGAUUGCUGCUCUGCAUAUGGGCUGCAUAUGGUCAUAGAAAGACUGCAUAAUGUUAAUACUGUAAGUAGUGAUUGCAGCAGAAGGCUGUUUCUCUUUAAUCAGGACAUAGUGAGACAGUUAGCUGUAACUGUCUGACUUUGAACAUAGAAGUAGGCCACAGAAAUAAUCUCACUUUGAAGUUACAGCAUGCAGCUUCCUGCAGAGAGGACAUCAACUGUACUGUGGAUAUUCCUAAAAUAUAUAAAUGUAAGAAUGAACAAUAUAAAUAUUGAUGACCCUGAAAAACACAUAUGAAAUGGGAAACCAUUUUAGUCCGACAUUGAGAAAAAUCACUGUCUUAGCUUAAAUGAGAGACAGUUUACAGUGAAAAUGCAAUGUUUACAAGGUGGAACCUCAGUUGUUGAUUCUCAAAAGGCUUUGAGUGCCAUAGAUGUAUAAAAUCCAUGUGUAGGGCUAAGCAUUUUAUUUUAAGAGGUGACAGAAGUUGUUCUUACAGUUUUUGAAUGUGUUUGGUAUUGCAUGACCCCUGAGAAUAUUGCACAUGUCAGUUUCUGAUGUGCUAAAUUAGCUUGUUACACUGAAUUUCAAUAGAGGCUGCUAAAUGAUCCUUCUUUCAUAAGACCUGAUGACAUGAGGUUGGGCACCUGGAACUUGUCUGCCUUAUAAGCUAAAUUAUGUUUCGCUUAUAAAAGGAUAGAUCACUUUUUCUUUCACAAACUAGUAGGAUUUUGUGGUUUGAUUUAUCGGUUUUACUAGGGCAUGUCAGAUUGCUCCAUAAUUUUUCGUCACAUCACAGAGACCUAGUUUACAGUUUUAAAUAUGUCAAACUGUCAUGUUCUUAUGAAUGCUGAAUAAGAUCUGUCAGUAGAACCAAAGGAAAUUUUGACUAAAUCAAUGUUGUUUUUUGUUUUAUUUACAUCUUGCUGGAUUCUAUCUUGGAGUGGGCAAAAUUCUGGUAAUAAAGUGUGCAAACUUG